AAGCAGUCCCAGGCCACGCGCACUCACCCCGAGGGCUUCAGCUCUCUAGUUUUAUCUUUUGCUUAUGCUGUCAUCCAAAGAGUUACAAAAACUACUGAAGCAUUUCUGUUGGCUGAACCUAAAAGCAAGAGUGUCACUCUGGAGAUAAGCAUUCGAUAGUUUGUGAACCAAGCAAGCACCUUAAUCAUUGCUCAAGAAGAAUAGUAACAAAUUCUGCUAUUUUGGUUCAACAUGGAAGACUGGAGUUAAUAAUAUAUUGUAUUCUUUAUGCUAAGAGUGGAUACAAAGUAUUCUCACUACAAAAUGAUAAAUGCAUGAGUUUUUGUUUUACAACUAGCAUGGACCUUGAAAGCUCUGAACAAGAUUCUGAAGAGGAGAAAUACUCUUCUGUCUGUGUUGGCAGAGAAGAUGACAUUAAAAGAUCUGAAAGAAUGACAGCUGUUGUCCAUGAUAGAGAAGUAGUCAUUUUCUACCACAAAGGAGAAUAUCAGGCAAUGGAUAUCCGCUGCUACCAUUCAGGAGGACCUUUACAUUUGGGAGAAAUAGAGGAUUUCGAUGGACGACCAUGUAUAGUUUGCCCCUGGCAUAAAUACAAAAUUACUUUGGCAACAGGAGAAGGAUUAUACCAGUCUAUAAACCCUAAAGAUCCAUCAUCAAAACCCAAAUGGUGCUCCAAAGGGAUAAAGCAAAGGAUUCACACAGUGACAGUGGACAAUGGGAAUAUUUAUGUGACUCUUUCUAAGGAACCCUUUAAGUGUGACUCUGAUUUUUAUGCCACUGGAGACUUCAAAGUAAUUAAAAGUUCUUCCUGAUAAAAAUAGAUGGCUAUGAAAAAUGU